GAUCUGCGGCAUCCACCCUUUUCUCUGGAACCAAACGCACACACAGACCAGGGACUAUGUUCUGAUCUCUGGAAAGUGAGGGAAUAUGAAAUCUCUCCUCACUUUUCACCUGCUAACUCGUAGUCUUCUUUGGCGCUGGCGUUUCACGGCCCAUAUUGACUAAGAUUAUCACUAGCGCGGUUGUUCGUAUUGCUACUAAGCCUCAGGGUAGUGGAGACCUCUUGAAAGGGUUGUUGUCGGAAAUUGCACGAAAAACUUGCACACUAGUCAUUUAGUCAACACUCAAGAAACGUGAUAUUUGUCCUCGUAAACCUGCCCUCAUAAAGGUUCCCUUUGUUAUUCAUGAAAAAUUGCAAAACAAUGGCUACUCGAUUUUUAAUGUCGAUUGUCGUUAUCCUCUACCUGCUUUUCCUCUCUAGAUUCUCAUAUGGAACUGAUGUCAUCAACUCUUCCAGCCAUCUUACUGAUGGCACAACCUUGGUUUCUAGUGAUGGAAGCUUUGAACUGGGUUUCUUCAGUUCUGGAAGAUCUGGUAAGAGCCGUUACUUGGGAAUUUGGUUCAGGAAAGACCUUCAAACUGUUGUUUGGGUUGCAAACCGGUGCAACCCAAUAAAUGACUCAUCUGGUGUUUUGAUGAUAAACAGCACAGGCAAUCUCGUACUCCUUAGUCAAAGCAGGAGUGUUGUUUGGGAAUCAAACUCAAAGAAAGAAGCUCAAAACCCAGUAGUUCAGCUCCUGGAUUCUGGAAAUCUUGUUCUACAGGAUAGAAAUGCUGGUAUUUUGUGGCAAAGCUUUGACUAUCCUACUGAUACUUUGUUGGCAGGGAUGAAAUUUGGAUGGGACUUAAGGAGUGGUCUUAAUCGCCGACUAACAGCGUGGAAGACCCCAGAUGAUCCAUGCCCUGGAGACUUAAUUUUCGAGAUAGAGCCUUAUAAUUAUCCUGAUCUUGUUAUGUGGAAAGGCUCAAAAAAGUAUUUCCGGUCAGGACCCUGGAAUGGCAUUGGAAUGAGUGGUGCUCUCCACUUGAAGUCCAAUCCAUGGUUCAAGUUCAACUUUAUCUCAAAUGAAGAGGAGGUUUACUUCGUAUAUAACACGACUAGCAAAUCUAUAACCACAAAGCUCGUUUUGAACCAAACUUACAGUAGGGGGGAGCACUACUUAUGGAAUGAAGAACAUAGGACUUGGACAUUGUUCAAUCAGUUUCCAUGGGAUAACUGUGACAACUAUGGGUCUUGUGGGGCAUAUGGGACCUGUGUGAAUACAGCACUGCCAACUUGUCAAUGUUUGAAAGGUUUCAGGUUUAAAUUACAAGAAGGGAGCUCAGUGGACCGGAUUCAGGGUUGUGUGCGCAACAAACCUUUGGACUGCCAGAAAGGAGAUGGAUUUAAAAAAAUUGGUGGGUUGAAACUACCAGAUACUGAACAUUCUUGGACAACCCUGGAUAUUAAGGAAGCCAGUGGUUGUGCAAUUUGGCUUGGUGAUCUACUUGAUCUUAAACUGGUCCAGUCUGCUGGACAGGAUUUAUAUAUUCGAAUGUCUGCUGCUGAUUCAGACGAUGAUGAAGGCAAGAGUCAAAUGAACGCAAGACUGAUAAUUGCAACCAUUUUUGUUGUUAUUUUUGUUCUUGUAAUCAACUAUUACAUUCCCUGGAGCGAUCGAAAAAUAGAAGGAGGAGAAAAUGGCAAGAACAAUGAAAGGCAAAAUGAAGAUGUGGAACUCCCACUAUUUGAGUUAGAUGUAAUAUCCAAGGCCACCAAUGAGUUCUCUUCCCACAAGAAGCUAGGGGAAGGUGGCUUUGGCCCUGUAUACAAGGGUACUCUGCCAGACGGCAAAGAAAUUGUUGUGAGGAGGUUCUCAAGAAGCUCUGGACAAGGAUUAGUUGAGUUCAAGAGUGAAGUAGCACUUAUAGCCAAGCUUCAACAUUGGAAUCUUGUAAAAGUUUUAGGAUGCUGCAUUCAGGGGGAGGAGAAAAUGCUGAUUUAUGAAUAUAUGCCUAAUAAAAGUUUGGACUGCUUCAUUUUUGAUGAUGCAAGAAAGAAGCUAUUAGAUUGGUCAAGGCGUUUUCAAAUUAUUUGUGGAAUUGCUAGGGGACUUGUCUAUCUACAUCAAGAUUCUCGAUUGAGGAUCAUUCAUAGAGAUCUCAAAGCAAGCAAUGUUUUGCUUGAUGGUGAAAUGAACCCCAAAAUUUCAGACUUCGGCAUGGCUAGAACAUUUGGAUGAGAACAAUCUGAGGGCAACACAAGGCGAGUGGUUGGAACCU